CGUGAACGCAGCUCCUUCUACCAUGUGACUGACAUCAGCUGAUCAGCAGGCGGAACCAAAUGAAAACAUGGUGGUUUUACUGCGCAGGGUACCUGUCACAGAUUGUCUAAAACUGUGUCACAGGGUGGUGGAUGGACUGUGUGGGCGGGAGCCUCCUCGCAGGGGGGAUUACAGUGCCACCUGGAGUCUGGAGGAGUGGCUGGAGCUGCUCAGCUCCCUGACAGCGCUCUUCCGCCUGGCAGUGGGGAACAACAGCUGUGAUGAAGAGGUGCUGGCUGGGCUGUCAGAUGUGGGCAGCAGCCAUGCUGAGACUUUGCUGAGUGUGCUGAGAGCCAGAGAGGAGGAGAUCCGCCGCAGUCUGCUGGACAGAACCAACUCCAUCUCCUCUGCUACUCUGCAGGAUUUUGACUGGCAGCUUAAGUUAGCUCUUUCCAGUGAUAAGAUCUCAUCUCUGCACACUCCUCUACUCAGUCUCAGUCUGGAUCUGAGAGAGAACGGAGCCCUCCGGCCUGUCACCAUGGAGAUGAACCGAGAGGAGUUAAACACACUCAUCAAUUCACUAGAGGCUGCUAAUAAGGUGGUGCUGCAGUUGAAAUGAUGGAGAGAUUGUGGACCACUGAUCCCAUUUAAGCCCAUGACUGCAGGAAGUCCAGUGAAUGGAUGUCAUGUCAUCAAAGAAGUGGAAAUGACAUUCUUCCCCAUGAUUUUGUGUUUUGUCGACACAGUGACAGUUUUUCAGAUGCAUCAAUGAUCACUGUUCUUCUGUCCUUUGUAAUUCAGUCGUUUAUAUGAGCAGGUGAACACUCUAUCAUUGUUAUGUUUUUGCAAUACACUGUGUUGUGUCAUGAACGUGUUGAA